AAGAGCAUAUCACCGGUGGUCGCCAAUCACUAGUGCUGAGGACAGACAGUUGCGUAGCUGUUACUUUUGCUUUGGCGACAAUGCCGCCCAGCUACAACCACACAACCAAUGGCGUCAACUUGGCGAACUAUCGCCAAUUGACGCAAAGUGCGCGGAACCAUAUCAAGAAUGGUAGCUACCGUGCUCCCUACGAAUGGACUCUGGAGAGCAUUGAGCAAAUGGGCGCAGGAGCAGCAGAGAACCGCAUGUCGUCUACGCUUCGUGAUGCCAGCACACAGCUGCAGGCAACGACGAACGCGACGGUAGCCAAUGACAUCACAUCAGUCAAUAAGGCGCUUCAAACGAAGCUCAGCCAAACGGAGCAACUGAAGAACAUGCUUGAGGUCUGCUUGUCGGAGGUGGUUUCGGAGAUUGCGGAGCUCCUGUCCACCAGAAAGCGCCUGGAGGAGCGGGGCGGCAAAGUAGCCACUAAGAUUAGCGUGAACGCCAGCAGACUGCAGGUCCGCUCUGCGCGGCCCACGCGCGAGAUGACCAUGGACGACGUGGAGAAGUCGCUGUUGAAGCAGCAGGGGCUGUUGGGGUCGUUUGCGGAGCGGGUGAACCGGGCGCUGUCGCAGGUGGACAAGGAGGUGGCGGCGCUGGAGGCGGUGAGGGCCAAGCUGGAGGCGGACCUCAGGGACAAGAUGGAGGCUCUGCGAGUGGACGAGGCCGUGCUGUCCAUCCCCACGGACCCCGCGGUGGAGGGCGGCGUGUCGCCCACCUUCCGCCGCAGCCACGUGGACCACAUGCCCAAGACGCCGCACUCGUGGGUGCGCGCCACGGAGGACAACCUGCGCAACGCACACCACUGGCUUGCGGAUGCGGCAAGGCUGCGCAAGGCCAUCCUGCACGCCAUCGCCAACAGCCGCGCCAACGAGCACGACAUGUCCUCCCGCCUCAACGAGAACAUGAUGGCCAAGGUGGCGGCCACCCGCAACCUGCGGGAGGACCUGCAGAGCCAGCUGGAGCGGGUGCGGGAGGAGCAGGCCAGGGCCAAGCAGCAGCGCGCAUCGCUGGCGGCGGCGCUGGAGGCGAAGCGGGGGCCGCUGGCGCAGGCGCGCGAGCGACUGGCGGUCCGCAAGGCUCGUCCCUGCCGUGAGACGGUGAAUGACGAGGUGGAGGCGGCGCUGGCUCGGGAGGUGGCGCACCUGGCCUCCAUCACACAGCAGCUCAGCGAGAAGGUGAACGCGGUUGACAGGGAGAUUGCGGCGCUGGACGCCUCGGCCGCGCAGCUGGCGGACAACAUCAAGGACAAGGACGACGCGCUGCGCAUCGAUGAGCGCAUGGUGAUGCUGGACGGCAGGAUCAAUCUGGUGCAGCGGCCGCCCAGCAGCGUGGCAAGCUUUGCGGUGUCGGAGAUGUCGAUGCCGCGCACCCAGACCCUCGCACGCAUCCGUGAGCUGGAGGCCUCUCUGAGCGCCGCUCGGCGGGAGCGCGAGGGCAUGGAGUCCUCCAUACGGCAGCUGAAGGAGUCGAUGGGAGGCAGCCGCUACUACUAGCCGGGAGGGGGCCGCUAGGGGGGUUGAGCGGCGGCUGCUGCGGCGGCGGGCUGUAGCGGCGGCUGCUGGUGCCUCUAGAAGGGAAGCGGUGGUCUGCUGCUGCUGCUGCGGGUGUUGCGAAGGGCAGACGUGCCUGCUAGAAGCAUGGGGGCCUAGCGGCUCCCUUUUUAAGGGACCUAGGGCCCUCUUCGUACGAGCCUCUUCGUAGUAGAAGACACGGAAAGGCAGGCAUAAGGGCAGGAGGCAUAGGUCUUUGACCGACACCCUGUCCUAGCUGGAGUCAGGGUGUUGUCAUGUAUGCGUUGUUGAGCCGCAGAAUUGAUGUUGACCCUGUUGUUCGCGGCGUUGGUGUGUUUGGUUGCGUUCGUGUGACGAUGCUUUGAAUGCAUGUACAUUAGGGGUGAAGCCGUGACCAGGUGAAGGGGAACGCGCGUUAGGGGCUUGUGGGCCUGUAGGUGUGUAGGGUGUUGUUGCUUGCCUAUUGAUGAUGCAUACGAGAGUGUGAUGUUGCAAACCCUCAUCUUGAGAAACGACCACGACGACGACGUGACUGGACGCAUGGCAGGGUUGUGUCUCGGGGCUUUGUCUCGACGCUCUGCCAGAGAACUGAUGCUUACACACGCCAGCAGCGCCGUGCACCUUUCGGUUGGUGAUAUGGUGGUUUCGAAGCUCCUUUGUGGUUUCUGCGGGCGACCUUUAGCUCCGCAAGCAGAGGGGCUGUUCGUUGCAGCAGCACACGUGUGGAGCAAGCUUUCUUUUCAUACGCACGCCUUCCUUUUGUUUGCGUCUAGGCAUCGGGUGUCUAGGCGUGGCGGCCCGCCCACCUGUUGUUAGCGGCAGAGAUUGUGGGGUGCGGUUUAGGGGUAGGAGCGUUUUCCAUUUUUAGGACGUUAGGAUGCAGGAGGGGCGUGUGCGUUUGACUCAUUGACUCGGCGAUUCUUGGGCAUGACGAUGAUGAUGAUGAUGAAUUCUUGCGAUCCUGUGUUGUGUGCGUAGCAGCAACAGCAGCUGGUGGGGACCGCAGAACACGCGGUUGCCGUGAUUGAUGCUGGGCUGUGAGUAGGUGUGUGUUUUCCACGGGUGGUGCGGCGGGGUCCCCAGAAGCCAACCACCCCUCAUGUAGCUGUCAGGCAGGUCUAGCGCGCAUGAAAGGCAUUUAUCGCGACCCCAUUUCCGCUUAUGGCAUUUCGGUAGAUUUUUCUUGGAUGGCAACUGGCUGACGUACGAGGGUGUGAUAAGCCGCAUUGCUACUUUCGGUUUAAUCCAUGGUCACCAUUGAAUGGGGGUUGAAUGGAAGUCAGGGGCUGUGCCCUUUGGCAGGCGCUCUGGUUGGAGGGAGGAUGCGAGCUUGCUUUGUCUUUGUGACUAGAGCGGGUAAGGGCUAUAAGGGAGAGCGACAGUGUCGCUGUGUGGCUUCCCGGGCCCUGCACGCGUUGCUAACGACCGGCCCGGGCUAUUUGCCCCUCUUGUAACACGUGAAUCGAUACAUGAUCGAUUAGUGCGUGUGACUCAAUGUGACUGUGCAUGCGCUCUCCCGGUUAAACAACUGAGUUUCUGUGUGCACGCCUUCUUCGUGCAAGGCGCUUUGUGCGUGGUGCAAUGUGCUAGUAGUGAUCUGGGUUUGGCAAGAAAAAGGGAAUGUGUAGUUAUUACGGUAGAGCGCAUCGCUGGGAGCUUAGUACAUGUUUUAUGGGACAGGACAUAUGUGUCCUUCAAUGCUCGGACCACAGGGCAUGUCGGGGCUUUUAUGGCCCAACACUGGUGGCGGGAACGUGUGGGGGCCGUAAUGGUUGCAACCCGGGCUCGUAUAGUAUGUCUACGGGUUUGUGGUAGAUUGCAUUGGGUGUUGCGUAGGGUGUUUGUUUGCAUGUCACUGGUAUUUCCAACAGGCUACUCUUUGGAGAAAGGGGCGCCCUUUCGCAGUCUUUGUGGUUGGGAUGUAUGUCCUCCCUCGUCUGCGGGCGCCUGCACGCCUGUGCGGCUACCAAUACUGAUGAAGGCUAGCCUCGUACGACGGCUGCCGCGCCCUUACUGUUGCAUGCGUUAAUUCGCACUGUUGACAGCUCUUUUCCGUUAAGCGUUGAGGUGCUGUUGUAGGGGGCUGUGGGGCUACGACAGGCUCUUUGUUUCUGGCGCCGUGGGUCAACUUGCCAAACGUUACGAGUUGUGGCCUGUUGAAGCACUUGGUUAUGUUCGGAGGAGACAUAGUUAUAUGAGAUACAUGCCUGUGACGUGUACCUCCUAGCCAUUGCUGUGAUUCUUGCAUACCUGUAAUAUAAGGAACUGUGGUUUGAAGAGUGUUG